GAAAGGGGGUAAAAUCUCCAACAAAGUAGCCGCCGCCGCAAUGGGGCGCGAGGGGUCUCCCGCCCAGCUGCCGACGGCGAAGCGCCGGAAGGAAUCAAGCCCCCCAACCACCACCAGCCCCGUCCCCUCCCUCACCGACGACGUCCUGCUCCAGAUCUUCCUCCGCUUCCCCUCCCUCGCGACGCUCGUCCGCGCCGCCCUCGCCUGCCGGACGUGGCGGCGCGCGGUGGCCUCCUCCCCGGCCUUCCGCCGCCGCUUCCGGGAGCUCCACCCGGCGCCCCUCCUCGGCCUCUUCUUCGAGCCCCCCAGCGCCGUCCAAGACCCGGUGCUCCCGGCCUUCCCCUCCUUCGUCCCCGCCCGCCGCCGCGACCGCGAUCUGGCCGCCGCCGUCCGCGGCGGCGACUUCUUCCUGACAUCCAUUCAGGAGCACCCCGACAAGGCCCACUCCUGGGAGAUCCUCGACUGCCGCGGCGGAUACGUCCUCCUAUGUAAUGGUGACCUGCUCAGUGAGGAAGCAAUGGCGGUUGUGAAUCCUUUGGAGCGAAGGAGCGAACUGUUCUUUGACCAUCACCGCAAAGGCAUUUUCGAAGCUUAUCGUGGCUAUCUAGCUGUACGGAACGCUUGCUUGCUCUGCUCCGACGAAGACCCCGCAUCAUUCCGGGUGGUGCGCCUUGCCCACGACGAGUCCAGGGUGAGGGCUGCCGUCUUCUCCUCAGACACCAGGAAGUGGAAACUUUACCCGUGGAUUGAUGUCCCAGGGCGGCCGCGGCUUUCAAAGUCGUGGCUUCUGAACAGCAAUAUGCAAUCCAAUGGGUUCUUGUACUGGGUUUACAAGAAUCACAAGUAUAUGAUCACGCUGAACACGGCGACAAUGGACUUCUCUGUCGAGGAGCUCCCACCAUUCCUGCAGAAUCGGCGCUGCAGCUUCGAUGCCGGUGAAACAAGCAGUGGUAUGCGAUGCAUUGUCUAUGCUACUGACUUCACUGUUGGUGUGAUGUUGCGAAGAACAGAUAGUGAUGGACUUGAGAAGUGGAUGCUGGACAGGGCCACCCCAUUGGACACACAGCUUGAUGGGGUUCUCAGGAAACAGAAGGGCAACUAUGAUGAGCUGCUGGUCGUGGCAGUCAGGGAUGGCUUUGCAUACUUGGCAACUUCAAAGAAGGUCUAUGAUUCCCAGAACCCAAGUUGGUUCUUGUCCCUCUGCCUUGAAACAAUGAGACUGGAGAAUCUGUUUCAGAGGACAUAUGAUAGUGGUGCACACCCCUAUGUUAUGGCGUGGCCUCCUUGUUUAGUUGGUAACUAUGGGAGGUUUGGACUUGAAGAUGGUACAUGAAGUGCAUAACCGGUUGUCAAUUAUGUGAGGAGAACAGGAGAAGAACUAGUAAAACCAAAUUCAUGUUUUUCUUUUGUUUAGUAAAUUGGCAUGCCAGAUGCCAUGAAACCUUGUUCUUUGAAGCUGUCGUGUGCUGACCGGUCUGAUCAAGUUUUAGUCUCUGGUCAAUCCCAUAACUUAAUCUUUUGCAAGGUUUGUUUAUUUACCUCAAGUUAGCACUUUUCAAUAUGUCUAAUAACUUCAAAGUCAUCUUUAGUUGUUC